CCAGACGGUGGAUAUGGUUGGGUUUGUGCUAUCUGCUCCUUGUUUAUAAUGUUCUCUACUUGGGGCUCAAAUGCUUCCUUUGGUGUCUUUUUAUCCUAUUAUAUUAACAAUAAUACAUUUGAUGGGGCGACUAAAUAUGACUUUGCUCUAAUUGGUGGUAUAAUAGUCCUACUUGCUCAAAUACUAGCUCCAGUUGCAAUGCUUUCAACUCAAAUUUUUGGCUUUUAUGAAACUUUGUUUUUAGGUGUUUUCUUGCAAGCCUUGGGUUAUAUCUCUUCUAGUUUUGCUACUCAAAUUUGGCAACUAUAUUUAUCCCAGGGUGUUUGUGUUGGCAUAUCAUUUGCCUUCUUAUUCAUUCCUUCAACAAUUGUUUUACCUACUUGGUUUCUCAAAAAAAGAGCAACAGCUAUGGGAAUCGCUGUUGCUGGAACUGGUUUAGGUGGUUUAAUAUUUGCAUUGGCUGCUAAUAAAUUAAUCCACCAAACUGGUGAUCAAAAAUGGGCUUUAAGAAUGGUUGGAAUUGUAACCACUUUCGUUUCUUUAAUCUCUUCAAUCUUAAUAACUCCUAGAAACUAUUGCAAAAGUAAAAUUUCUUGGUCAAGAUCUAGACAACAAUUCCUUAUCAUAUUUGAUAUUUCCGUCAUUUAUGAGCCUUCAAUUCAAAUUAUAGCAUUUUGGUUUGGUUUAGUUCUACUAGGUUAUAUCUUGAUUAUUUAUUCCUUAUCUGACUAUGCAAUCACAAUUGGUCUAUCCCAACAUCAAGGUUCUGUUAUUAUUGCUGUUUUAAAUACUGGUCAGGCUGUUUGUAGACCUGUUUUAGGUAUAAUAGCUGAUAAAAUUGGUAGAGUCAAUUUUACAAUUAUAUCUCAAGCUUUAACUUUUAUAUUAAUUUUCGCAUUUUGGAUCAACGCUAAAUCCUACGCCCUGUUAAUUGCUUUCUCCUUUUUAAUUGGUGGAAUUGUUGGUGUAGGCAAUUUAAUGAAUGUCCCUCUAACUGCUGAUUGUGUGCCCCCUGAAAGAUUUCCUGCUGCUUGGUCUUAUGUCAGUAUUGUUGUCAGUAUUUUUUGUUUAGUAGCAGAAGUCAUUGCAUUGGCAAUGAGAGAUUAUUCUUUAAAAAAUCCUUAUAUUAAUACUCAAAUUUUUUCUGGUUGUUUAUUUGUUGCUGCUAUUCUAAUUUUAUUACUUUUAAGAGAAAUUAAGAUUAAAAUUUUGCUAAAAGAGAGAAAUAAACACAAUGAAGAAAAUAUUCUUUAUUUAGAAAAAAACAAUUCAAAGAUCCAAAAUCAAGAAUUGAAGAAAUUUAUUGUAAAUAAUGAAGAAGUAACUUGGGAAAAACUUAAAAAAAGAAAAAGAAAUUAUUUUCAUCUACUAAAAAAUACCCCUAAAUCCUAUUUUAAAAGAUGUUUUUUCCCAGCAAAAAUUUGA